AUGUCAGAGUCAGGUAGCGAAGCGAGCAAGGCAGCGAAGAAGAGGCGCAAGGAACACCUGAGCAAGCUUGAAGCCGCCCAGCGCGAACUGAACAAUACCCAAGUGGAGGAAGUCGAACGCUUGCGCCGCGAAAAUCAACUGCUUGUACAAGAAAAUGAAACUCUGAAGGCGGCAUACGGAUCUCAAGCCAGUUCACCGGGCCCGUCUGUCAGUCCAGGUGACUUGAGAGGCUCGCCGUCUGCCUUUAUACAGUUUGGAGGGGCAGCACCAGGCGGUUAUGGAGGUCCAGCCGGUCCGUCCACAUCUUACGUGCGUGGCCCUCUGCCAGGCGCUCUUCCCCCUCCAGCGACAUCUCCUCUCCUUGGUGCCAGCACCGACAUGAGUAACUUGGUUGUUGUGGUGCCAAACAAUGUCCGCGAGAUCCGACGAUCACUCCAUCAGCUAUUCGCACCUUUGCUCGAAAUACCUAUCAUUUCGAAUCCACAACGACACCUUGCAACUCUCGCAGCAUUAGAGCCUUCAUUACCUGCCUCCUUGAAACCCAGCCAACUACAACUGUCUACUCCCCAUCAUGCUUACAUCGAUAUGAUUCCGUCGCCCGCCCUUAGAGAUCGACUGAUUGCGAUCGGACCGGCGAACGCCAACACUUUCCUUACCGAGGCUUGCACGAUCACCUGUGACAUUGAAGAUACAGGACAGAUGACAGUAUGGGGUGAGGACUGGUUGAAUGAGUUCUCUUGGGAGUUUUCUGCCAACGUAUUAGAAAGAUGGGGUGGUUGGCUCUUGACUGCCGAAUGGGGCCACAGAGCCAACUUCUGGCGACGCCAAAGAGGAGCUCCGAUACUCCCAGGCUACGAGUGA